AGAGAAAGAAAAAGGGGGAAACGAAAAGCCUAGGGUUUCAAAGAUGGAUUCUGGAAUCUCAUACCAAAGAUUUCCAAAAAUCAAAAUCCGAAGCAUGAGAGAUGACUACAUGAAAUUUGAGCUACGGGACACCGAUCCAAGCAUGGCGAACGCUCUCCGCCGUAUCAUGAUCUCCGAAGUCCCAACAAUAGCAAUCGACCUAGUUGAAAUCGAAGUUAACUCAACUGUUUUGAACGACGAGUUUAUAGCUCAUCGACUGGGUCUUAUUCCACUCGUCAGCGACCGUGCCAUGGAAAUGAGAUUCUCUCGUGAUUGUGAUGCAUGUGAUGGUGAUGGUCAAUGUACGUAUUGUUCUGUCGAGUUUCAGUUAUCUGUGAGGUGUGAUGAAGAUCAGACAGUAGAUGUUACCAGUGCUGAUUUAAUUAGUUCUGAUCUUAUGGUCGUUCCUGUUGAUGUUGCGCUCGCCGCUGCAAGGUCGGAGGGGUUUGAUUCGGCUGAGAAUAAGGGAAUUAUAAUUGUGAAGCUACGACGAGGGCAAGAGUUGAGAUUGAGAGCCAUAGCUCGAAAAGGGAUUGGGAAAGACCAUGCUAAAUGGUCACCUGCUGCUACUGUCACUUACAUGUAUGAACCAGAUAUUCAUAUCAAUGAGGAUAUGAUGGAGAGCUUAACUCUUGAAGAGAAACAAGACUGGAUUGAAAGUAGCCCUACUAAAGUUUUUGAUAUCGAUCCUAAUACCCAACAGGUCAAAGUGUAUGACGCUGAAGCGUACACAUAUGAUGAUGAGGUGAUCAAAAAGGCAGAAGCUAUGGGAAAGCCCGGGCUUGUGGAAAUUACAGCGAGAGAAGAUAGCUUUAUUUUUACGGUUGAAUCUACAGGUGCUGUGAAAGCUUCUCAAAUUGUAAUCAAUGCAAUUGAGGUCCUUAAGCAGAAGCUUGACGCUGUUCGUCUCUCCGAAGACACCGUAGAAGCUGAUGAUCAAUUCGGGGAACUGGGAGCACACAUGCGGGGAGGGUGGAGUUGUCUAUAGUUUAAUACUUUCGACGGGGAAGAUCUCUUAGCUUUUUUCUAUAGACUAACGUUGUUGAUGGGGUAGAACGUCUAGCUUUUCAGUGUCCGUCCUGUAGGCUUCAGUUUUUUUUGCAUGUAGGAAACUUCUCCCGUUGAAUCUAAGUAAAUAUGAUAUUAUUAUAAAUAUUAGACCAUAUCUAACAUUAGUGGUUUAGAAUUACAACCUUUUAAGUUCAGAAUUAUCUAGAGUUCUGACAGUAGCAGGUGAAGGACAGAUAAUCCUGCAAUAGGUGAUAAUUUUGGUGGUCUCUUGCAUGUAAAAAUCGUAGUUAAUGGAAAGAUCACGUUGCAGUUAUAUUUGGUUCACAAGUAUUUUGUUGAUAGCA